GCCUUGCGAUUUUCCCAUAGCCCCAGAGUCCCCAAAACCCUCUCCUCGCUCGCCGCUCGCCGCCGCCGCCGCCGCAGCCGGCCCAGCCGCGGGAGAUGUCGCUGUCGAAGCCGUUCUCGGCGCGCCGCCUCGUCCCGGCGCUCUUCCCGCUCGCGCACGCCGACGCCGCCUCGGCCGCGGCGUCCCGCCGGGCGCGGCGCCGCGACGCGUUCGUCGCGACGCCCCCCACGCCGCCGCCGUCCCCGAGCGCCGUGCGCCUCGCGGAGCCCCUCCCGUCGCUCGCGCCGUCGCGCCUCGCGCUCCACAACCGCAUCCUCGCGCUCCUGUCCCCCUCCUCCAAGGACGGGGAGAAGGGGGCCGACCUCGCCGAGGCCGCGCUCCUCACCCGCCACGCGCUCCACUCCAACUGCCGCCCUUCCUCCUUCACCUGCGCCGCCGUCCUCGCCGCGCUCCUCCGCGCGCGCCGCCUCGACGACUUCUUCGCGCUCCACCGGUUCGCCCUCCAGGCCGCCGUCCCGCCCACCGCCGCCACCUACGCGCUCUACCUCUCGGCCCUCGCCGCGCGCCGCCUCCCCGACGCCGCGCUCCACCACCUCCGCCUCAUCUCGCGCCCUGGAUCCCCCGUGCCCCCGUCCCCGACCGCGUAUCGCGUUGUCGUCAAGUCCCUCGUCGUCGACCAUGGCCGCCUCACUGAUGCCCUCGAGCUCAAGGAUGAGAUGCUGGCCUCCGGGUUCGUCGGGCCCGAUCCACAGGUCUACAACCUUCUCAUGGCUGGGUUCGUGGAAGCCGGUGAUGGCGCCAAAGCCGUGGAAUUGUACGAAGAAUUGAAGGAAAAGAUUGGCCGCGAGCCGAUUCUUGAUGGCAUUGUGUAUGGGAGCCUCAUGAAGGCUUACUUCCUUAUGGGAAUGGAGGAGAAGGCAAUGGAGUGUUACAAAGAGGUUCUCGGUGCAGAGUCGGAGGUGAGGUUUGGAGCUGAGAGUUAUAAUGGUGUGGUUGAUGCGUUUGGGCGGAACAGAAGGUUGGAUGAUGCGAUCGAGCUGUUUGAAAGAAUGCUUCGGGAGCAUGAUCCUCCACUAAAGAUUGCUGUUGAUGUGAGAAGCUUCAGUGUGAUUGUGGAUGCUUACUGCGCUGCUGGUAGGUUCGGUGAUGCAAUUUCUUGGUUCAGGAGGAUGGGGGAGUGGGAAGUUGUUGCUGAUGUUGCAGCAUAUAAUAAUUUGAUCCGGCAUCUCAGUCUUCAAGGGUUGGUAAGUGAGGCCGAGUUGCUAUACAAGGAGAUGGGAGAAAGUGGUCUUAAGGCAGACGAGGAAACAUAUGUGCUACUGAUGCAAGGGUGCUUUAGGGUUGAUCGCAUCGAUGAAGGCAUUAAUUACUUUGACGGAAUGGCUGAGUUGGGGUUGAAGCCCGACGCAACUGCCUAUCAUAAGAUUGUUGAUGGCCUAAUUGGUUUUGGUAUGCUGGACAAUGCCCAUGGGUAUCUCGAUAAGAUGAGGGGGAAAGAAAUUAGCCCAAGCAUUGCAAGCUAUGAGGCACUGCUAAAGGCGUACAUUGGUGAAGCUAGUUUGGAUAAAUCAAUCGACAUCGCAAAGGAUAUUCUUUUGGAUGAGAAGGUGGUGUUCAGCGAUGAAAUGAGGGACCUAUUGGAAGGCGCACUCCGUGAAGCAGGGAGGGAAGGUGACAUAACCAAACUAUACGAGGAUGUGGAGGAGAAAAAAGCUGAGGCAGCGGCUCGGGCAGAAGAAGAGAAGGCAAGGGCAGAAGCUCUUGCAAGGGAAGAAAGGGAGAAGAGGAGGGCAGAGGCUGCUGCAAAGGACGAGGCUGCAGCUAGAGCUAGUGCCGCUGCCAUUGAAGCCAUCCUUGGCCAUAAAAGGAAGACUGAAAAUGUAACAGGAGAACCUGCACCUGAUGCAAACUCACUGGAUGGUGUGUUUCAGAGUAGGUUUGGAAUCACAUCAGCUGGAGAUGGUGCGCUUCAAGGCACUUCUUCAGGAGGUGAAACUAAACAAGGAGAUGGACACUAACAUUUGAUGACCACAGGAAAUCAUGUCUUAGUCUGCCUGUGGAUCUGAUAACCCCGUCAUUUUAUAUCGAUUCUAAGAGCAUCGAUCAGUAAAUUGAAAUUCUCAGAAGCCUGAAGAUUUCAACAUUUGGUGUCAAAUGAGUAAACGGCAGUAACUCUGGUUGAGUCUUUUGUAACUGCAAUUAUUGCAUACGAAUAAAAUGACGGCCACAAAAUUUUGAUGCAUUACGGUUUAAAGGCCCUUUUCUA